AGAGAUAAACAAUGAUAUGGGCCGAUAUUUGCGAAACUGAUUUCAAAGGAUUCUUCUUUAUGGGCCUAUAGAGUUUUGGGCCUUUCUACCAAAACUUUCGCGACAAGCGAUAUGUUAGGGCACAAGGACAAUUCGAAACCUGAGAAGAGAGCUAGAGCUUGUCAGAUGUUAGGAUACUCCUAUCCUUGUUUCCAAACGGGAUUACGGUUAACGACGGCGAUGGCGCCGGAAAUUCACCUGAAACCGAAGAACCCUAGAAUUUUAUGCCUUCAUGGAUUCAGAACUAGUGGUCGGAUUCUCCAAGCCGGUAUAGGUAAAUGGCCGGACACAAUUCUCCGAGAUCUCGACCUCGAUUUCCUUGACGCUCCUUUUCCGGCCACCGGGAAAUCGGACGUCGAGCGUUUCUUUGACCCACCGUAUUACGAGUGGUACCAGGCUAACAAGGGGUUUAAGGAAUAUAGGAAUUUUGAAGAGUGUUUGGCUUAUAUAGAGGACUACAUGAUAAAGAAUGGACCUUUUGAUGGUCUUCUUGGUUUUUCUCAGGGAGCUUUUCUAACUGCAGCUAUUCCUGGAAUGCAAGAACAGGGAUCGGCUCUAACUAAGGUGCCAAAAGUCAAGUUUUUAGUUAUCAUUUCUGGAGCGAAAAUUCCAGGGUUGAUGUUUGGGGAGCCUAAAGCUGCUGUUAAUGCAUUCUCAUCUCCAGUUCGUUGCCCAUCACUCCACUUCAUAGGUGAGAGGGAUUUCCUGAAGAUAGAAGGUGAAGUGCUUGUAGAAUCAUUCGUAGAGCCAGUGGUGAUCCAUCAUUCAGGUGGACACAUUAUACCAAAACUCGAUACUAAAGCUGAGGAGACAAUGUUGAGUUUCUUCCAGAGCAUUAGGCAGAUGCUUUCUGAUGAAUCAGGUUCUGUAAGAAGCUUGAUGUGACUGAGAGCUACUCCAGUAUGGUUUACUUUAGAUUAGAUGAUCUUGCAAUUUUAUAAAAUUGUGAGAUGUGAUUAUUCUUCUGGUUUAGUCUUUAUCCAGGGACAAUUCAAUAAACGUAAAUUAUUAAAUUUACCAACCAAUAUGGAUUGCCCGUUCAUGUAAUUACAGUUUAUAGAGAAGAGCCAAAGAUGGUCAAAUAGUUUGGUACAAUUGUCUUCCUUUAAAUAUAUGAGCAGCC